AUGCCUUUUAUACAGGAUGACUGCUACUAUGAUGGGCACUCAGAGGGUGACAAAGAUUCUCUCGUGACUAUCAGCACUUGUUCUGGACUGAGGGGACUCCUGACCUUACAUGCUCUCAUGGCUCAUGAGCUUGGCCACAACCUGGGUAUGAAGCAUGACCAUGUGGCCUGCAGAUGCCAUGGCCAAAAUCUCUGUACUAUGCAUGAAUUUAUCACUGUAGAUAAGGGCUUCAGCAACUGCAGCUUCCACUACUUCUACCAGCUGUUGCAUAAGCAUAGAGGGGACUGCCUUUUCAAUAAGCCUGAGCUCCAGAGCUCCUUUGGAAAGUCAUAUUGUGGGAACAAGAUAGUGGAUCAAGGAGAAGAAUGUGAUUGUGGCAGUGUCCUUGAUUGUCAAAAGGAUCACUGCUGUCUGCCUUCAUGCCAGCUAAAGAAGGGCUCAGAUUGUGCGUUUGGAUCCUGCUGCAAAAACUGCAAAUUUCUAAAGGCAACCACACCCUGCCGACCCAGCGUGGAUGAGUGUGAUCUCCCAGAGUACUGUAAUGGCACCUCCAAGUGGUGCCAGGCAGAUACCUACAAGCAAGAUGGUACUCCUUGCAAAGAACAAGGUUACUGUUACCAGGGACAAUGCAGAAGCCUGGAGAAUCAGUGUGUUAAAAUCUUUGGACAGGGCACUAGGGUGGCUCAGGAAAAUUGCUAUCAUUACAUGAAUACCAAGGGGGACAGGUUUGGGAACUGUGGCAGUGACUAUAAAGGCAUGUUUAAGGUCUUCCACAAGUGCAAGGCCAAAGAUGUAAAAUGUGGGAGGCUACUAUGUGAAAACAUCCAAAUGCUCCCACACAUUGAAAAACAUCACACACUUAUCCAGUUCCCCAUGCAGGACAUGUGGUGUUGGGGUGCAGAGUUUUUUGAAGCCACAGACAAGGCUGAUGAGGGGGAGGUGAAGGAUGGUACUCCAUGUGGUCCACAGAAGAUCUGUAUCAAUCGAACCUGCUUAGAUACCACUGUUCUCCACCAUGACUGCAACCUGGAAAAGUGUCAUGGAAGGGGUGUUUGCAACAAUUUGAAGACCUGCCACUGUGCCUAUGGAUAUGCCCCUCCAACAUGUGAAUCUGAAGGCUAUGGGGGCAGUUUGAACAGUGGCCCAGCUCCACGUGUCUCCUCUGACUCUCAGUAUGGCAAAAUGCUGAAUUUUCUAAUCUGGGUCUUGCCUAUCUUUUUAUUACUCCUCAUUUCUACUCUCUUUUUGUUUGCCUACAUCCAUAAAAGAUCUAAGACCAGUGUCAACGUAAAAAAUUCAUCAGAGCAGCAAGAUGAACAAACAUGA